UUAACUUUUUUUUGGCAGGCUGACACGUCAGCGUUCUGUUAUUACAAAGGGUGUAUUCGAGUCAUCGGUAUGUCAGGUUGCUUGAAAACUUCAUGCUUUCCCCCAGAAAAUGGAAAAUGAGCUGAACUGUUAUCUCAGUAUGGCUAAAAGUACAACUAAGUGUUUUGCCUUUUUUUAAGGCCAUGCUGUAACAUCAAAAUAAGGGAUACAAAAUUCACUUGUUGGCACAGCAGCUUAAGUCCAUGUAUCUGCUAGUACUAGAGGAGUCUGCAGAUCUAGACAAGGAAGAGAAAUGCGGAUAAAAUCUUGCAGAUGAUUCACGAGGACUAGUAUAGGAGGGAGUAGAAAUUGCUGGAUGAAAUUCUGGAUAUGUUGAAGUUGUGGGGGUGUGUUUCGUUUUGCUUUCAGUGGGACUACGAUUCAACCAGUGGGCUCAAAACUCCUAAGAAAUUAAAUACCAACCCCAUGACAAAGCUAAAAAGAAAAUUGGGGAUGUCUGUUUUUCUGGCAUCUGCUGACCCCUUUCUGUUCGGCAGCAGUGCAGCAAUGAGGUCCAGGUAUGGUUCUCAACUCUCUUGCCUCCAGUUCAAUGUCAGUAUUUUGGUUUUUGUGAGGAAAACUUGGAAGUGCUAUGUUCUCAUCAUGGAGGGGGUAAUGUGAGGGCAUUUCCUGCUCCCACCCUUGCUUUCAGGCAACACAGUUUCAGUUCAAGCACAGAGGCAUGUGCAAUGACCCAUUUGUUAUUUUGAGGCCAGUAUUUGGAGAUGCGUUGGAAGUAUAGUGAUCUCUGAUUGCCUUUUGCACUAAGAUAAGUGUAACUGAGAAUGUCAUCAGCUACUGCUGAAAGGCAGCAUAAAGGCUCGGGGAAAGCCCUAGGGAACAUUUUCCUGCAGUCCCAGCAUGCACAGGGCUGUGGAAGGGGGUAAUUGAGAGGAGUCAGGAAUCUCAAGGCUGACUGGCAACCCCUCUCACCGGGGCUCUUGGCCACUUGGCAGCGACUGAAGCAUUUUUCUGCAGAUUCCUGUUUACAGGGGCAUAAGUCACAAGAGGCUGCUGCUGUUGGCAUCAGUUCAAGAUGAGGUGUGUGACAUACCUGCAGGCAGAUUGCUUUUCUGAAACACUGGUGCAAAGCUGGAUACAGAACCCGGGGAAGCACCGCUCCUGCAAAACCCAGGCUUCAAAGGAAUGGGCUGUGUCACCACAUCGCAGGGCGGGCUGUCCCCAGCUGCAAUGCUGUUCACCUCCUCUCAAGGCUGGGGUUGGCUCAGCUGCAGUCAGCAGAAGCCCAGAAGGUUGGAACAAGGUUCCUUCAUUGCCCCUUGCACCCAGGUGCCCACGGCACAUGGAGCUGUGCCUGCCUUCCUUUCUGAAGGCAUGCUGUGCUGCCUUCCUAAACUGAAGGCAGGAGCAGCACGUCUGUGAAACUGCUUAAACGUGUACGAACAUUUUGCUGGGUAACUGCCAGCAACGUUGGUAAUUUCGACCAGAGGAAGAUGGUGGGGGCGUGGUGGCAGGAGUGGGUGGGACUGCUGGGUAUUACUGAGACCUUUGCUUGCAAAGGGCUUGACAAACACCCGCGGUGGGAUGGGGCAAAGCAGAUAUGUACCUUUAAGUACGGGCUGGGUAGCGGGAGAUUAAUCACUCCCCUGGGACAAACCCAAGAGGUUUCCAGCAGGCUCUGUUUGACCGGCCCUUGUUAGAGCUUUUGCAUGUAGAUGUGUGUGAUGUCAAAGAGUGGGCAGUCCUUGCGGCCUCCCCCGCCAGCCUGCAGCAUCAUGUGCCAGUAUGAAUAUUAAGAAAGAAAAGCGUACUUCAGAGCUCAUCAUCCCAGAAAGAAAAAAGGAGGAACUAAACAGAGAGAACAAAUGACUGUACUGCUUGCAAAACUUGGGGCCGGUCACUUUUUCUCCUGAGAAAUUUCAUCUUGGCCUUUGUGAGAGAGCUGAAAGAGCAGGCAGAGCAGCCACAGUGAUUUUCUUAGAGUCCUUUUUUUCUUUCUUAAUUUAAUUUUUCCCCCUCGUGCCUGGAUUUCAAGACUGUCAGCUGUACUGAUCAGAAGCACUGAACAUCAAUAUGUGUCAUGUCAUUGUAACAUGUCGGUCGAUGCUAUGGACUCUCCUGAGUAUUGUGGUGGCUUUCGCAGAGCUCAUUGCUUUCAUGAGCGCAGACUGGCUGAUUGGCAAAGCAAAGCCUUCAAGCUCUGAGGAUGUGGACAACAGAACGGGAGGGUCGCAGGAGCCUUACCAUCCAACGCUGGGCAUCUACGGGCGCUGCACCAGAAUCUCCCACAUGCAGCUUUCUAGACGAGACACGCUUUGUGGUCCUUACGCCGAAAACUUCAAUGAGAUUGCCAGUGGGUUCUGGCAGGCAACCGCUAUUUUCCUAGCCGUGGGAAUCAUGAUUCUCUGUGCUGUGGCAUUUGUGUCUGUCUUUACUAUGUGUGUGCAGAGUAUUAUGAAGAAAAGCAUUUUUAAUGUCUGUGGGCUGCUACAAGGGAUUGCAGGCCUCUUCCUUAUCUUAGGCUUGAUACUUUACCCUGCAGGUUGGGGAUGCCAGAAAGCAAUAAGCUAUUGUGGACCUUAUGCUUCUGCUUACAAACUUGGAGACUGCUCCUUGGGCUGGGCUUUCUACACAGCUAUUGGUGGCACUAUUCUGACGUUCAUCUGUGCAGUCUUCUCGGCGCAAGCUGAAAUAGCCACAUCCAGUGACAAAGUGCAAGAAGAAAUAGAAGAAGGAAAAAACCUUAUCUGUCUCCUUUAACUCCAGUGGGGAAAAAAUACCAGUGCCUGGGUCUUAAUCUGCUUUCCAUUGUCUGGACAAGCAGAUCUGCUUACCUGUUUCUACCAUUUGUGUGAUUGAGCCCCAUGCAUUCCACCCCCGAACUACUGAAAUGGUCUUUCUUCUUCGCUGGGCAAUGAGGAUCACAGAAAGGAUCCCAAGAAAGCAGAAUGUAAAUACUUGGGGAUUUUUUUAGUUUCACUCUAUGAUCAGGACACAGUGGAAUAUAUUAAUCUGACUGGGGAGGUGAGGAAUCUUGUGUAUAUAGCAGGAAUGUUGUUGUUAUAACUGACAAAUUCUGAUUGAUCAGAUUGCCUUACCCACCUUGGUCACUUUGAAGAAUUUGGAUUUAAAAUAAUAAAAGCCAGCACAUUAUUAUUGUUUUUUCUUACACAAGAGAAGCCUAUUUUAAUUAGGCUUUGUUUCCAAGGGCUCCCCUCACCUGUGAGUAUUUCACCACCACCUGGUUUGGUACCAUAAUUUUCAUUGAGGUGCUUUUUGAUACUGAACUUCCUUAAAGUACAGUGCCUUCUCGGAUAGUAAGUAUAUGUUGGAGAUAGCAAAGCUGAUGUGAUGCAGUUUACACCAAACUUUAAGCAUUUAAAAGUUGAGUCCUUGCCAGGUUUCUUGACUUGAAACCUAUAGUGCAAGGGGUGUGCCGCUUGUUACUUAGCAGGCAAAUGAUUUUAUUUCCAUUGACUAGAUAGAGAAGCUGUUGUUACACUGGCUUUCACCUGAUUCUGAUAAAAUUGUUUGAAGAAACCAUUGUUAGAAAUAUUUCUACAGACUUUAUUAAAACUCCUGAAAUCCUAAGCAGAUGACAACUCCCCACAGCACAGCUGGGCAUUAUCUUGUGAAUGCCGACAGCCUAGCCUGGGCUGUAGCCUCUCCUACAAAUGUAGAUCACAUGUUGGACUUCACCAGUAUUAAUCUUUCUCUUGCCAGUGAAACCUCAUUCGUAGUCUACAGAUCAGUCAGUCUCAUGACCCACAGCCACAUGAGUCCUUAAGAAAUUUAAAUUUUUCAGGAAGUCUUGCCAAAUUCUACAUGGCUGGGAAGACCUUUUUCUUUUUUUUUUUUAAACUGAAUGUAGUAUGGGCCCUUUUCCCAUUAAAUCAGCAGAAAUAAAACAGACCUUGCCACAAAUGACAUUCCUUUCUCAAAGGCAGUUUGUUGUACUGCUUGUGGUGUUCCGUCACUUACUAGAACUACUUCUGAGAACAAAUUUAGAAGGUAUUUUAAAAAACAAAGGAAUGAUGCAACUGUGCCAUAGGAGCAUUGGGGAUAAUUAAUCUGAGAAGUAGUUCUAAUGAAAUACUAAGUGAAUUUUAGCCUCCUUUUCUUCCUUCUUGGUAGUUUGUCCAAUGACGGUGUUGCUCUCCGUCACUUCACUGUAUAAUAUGGAGCAGAGAUUCUUGUUUAUGCUUGGUCAGUCCCUUGAAGUGUGCCAUUUUUUAUUUGUAGGUAUGAAAAAAUCAUUGUUACUGUACAGGUAGAUAGCAAUUUCAAUACACUGCUCAAGUCAUUUGCAAUACAAGAGCUGUUCAGCAGUCACGACCGCAAGCCAGCCUCCAGCACAGAUGAACACUAGCAGUCGCGGUGUUGGAGCACCCCUCCGGUGCCUGCCGUGCAGCUCGGACACUGCCUCGGCCCAGCCGAUCUGUGGAGCGGGCCAGGCCCAGCUCCCAGCCUGCGCCUGCCCGUGUGCAGGGCACCAUCAAAAGCCACACGCCAGAUAGAUACAGAGGUGAUCGCUGAGCUGCUGUGCAACAAGCAAGGUCAACUUCUGCCGAUAUUAAAAAGGGAUUGGUUUAAUCUUAUGUUUGGCUGCUCCUGCAACCCGCGUCCACCAUAUUCUAGUUUAAAACGGGUAAUUCACUUUUCUUUUAAGUAUUUCAUUAAAAAAAAAAUAAAUCAAAAGCUAUGGUCUAGAACCAUUUCUGCCAACUGCCUGCACAAAGCAAGACUUCAGCAAAUCAACACUACUAGCACAACGUGGUGUCUGAGGACAAAAAUCACAGCCAGCAUGUCCUGUCCUCACCCACGUUUUCCUCCUGUUUUUUUUCCUGUACACACAAACAUACCAUCUGACAGGCAUGCCCUUGGCUGGCACCUCGGGUCCAGUGCAGUGGCCAGGCAGCUGCAACAAUCCUGCCAACCUUCCUCUGAAGCCCCCCUGCUGCAGCGUGCGCCACAGAGGCUGGCCCACCACCUCGCCAGUGCAACUGGAAGCGGGGGGGCGGGGGGCUAGGAAGAAUAAGAGUAGACUAUAAAUCAGCUAAAAAUAAAUGAUUAGAUUUAGUUUUAGCUUUUCUUAGGUGGGUAGCAAUCCAACGUCCACGUCACCACUGCCAACAAAUCUUGACACUGUAUUAGGGGGACAAAUGCUGCUUUGGCUUGGGCACUUGAUUAGUGAGAAUAAGGUCAGUUCUUCCAAAAGGUGUAGAGGGGAUAUGCUACUUUGACUUAGAAGUAAACCAUGACCAAGCUUCAUUUACAUUACUAGCUGACCUCUGCUGUGAUGUACAGAACACACAAAAAAUUUUAGUAGUGCAGUUUUUAAUUACAAAGGAGGUAUUUUCAGUGGCAUGUUUUGCUUUUGUUUGCAUUUGUAACUAAGAAGAACCAGCUUUUCUGCUUGUUGCUGGUAUACUAUCAACUUGCUCUGCAACAAUAUAAUCAAUGUAACUUGCAAGAAUAUCCAUGUUCAUCACAUAGCACAGACAGAAGACAGGCUGGGAAGAAAUACAGAAAAAAAUAUCAGAAUUUCUUUUCUCAGGGUUCUGUUUUUCUAGCAAGUGUUAAGAUGGUAUGUAUUGCAGAUUUUUUUUUUUUUUUUCCUGAAUGAGGUUUUCAGGUGUAGGGUGCACUCAUUAAAUUUGACAGCUGUUUAAAGUUGUUCCUGAAGUUCACCUCAGCAGAAGCUUUCAAGGAUAUUUUGCAAAAAAAUAAAAAAGAGAAAUCAGCUUAAAGCUAAUUUAAUUAAUUUCAUGAGGGGGCUGCGGAGUGUAACUGCUUCUUAAUGUACAUGUACUGCAUAGGAUCUAGAAGAAUUUGCUGUGGAUUCUUUAAAACCUGUGUGCCGAUUAGUUCAGCUUAACUUUGUUUUUGUGGUAUUGAAGAAUUCUUCAAACAUCUGUGGUUUUAUCGACUUCGUAAACUUGUAUUCUGUAAAGUGCCAUAGGCCUUUUUUUUUCUUAAAAUUGUAGCAUAUUUAAAAAAAAAAAAAUAUAUAUAUAUAUAUAUAUAUAUAUAUAUAUAUACACAAACUUGUGUGAGAUGUGCAAUACCAGGAAUGGGUUUUGUUGUGGUUUUUUUUUUUUUUUUCCCUUCGUUUUUGCUUUUAAACAAGAUAUUUGAAAAGGGACGUCCCAGGGAAGAAGUGGCUGGAGUUUGGGUGGUGUGGACAAACUAAAGCAUAGAGUAAUGCAAUAGAAUCACUGAUUUUGAAGAUGAUUAACGCAACAGCAGUACCAGCAGCAACAGCAGCUUAAAGAUUUAACAAAAAUCUUUUCCAGACUGAUUUGAAGUACUCAGAGCAGUACUUCAGGCAAUUCAAAUAUAAAGCUGUGUCCAUCUCUGGUAACAUACAAUCAAAAAGGCUCAGCAAGGUUUCUUCAUGUGCUUUAUUUAUAAUGUGGCACUGCAAAAAACAUUGCUACUGAGCUAUUUCUGGUUUGUCUAUAUCACCGUUGUAUCUAUUUUACUCAAUAAAGUCCUCUGGAUUCUGAGAUUUUUUUUCAGCCAAAUCAUUUCCAUUUUGCAUUGUUAACCCACAUCAGAGUAUCUCACGUCCCAGUGCUAAACGGAGAGGAGUUCAAGUCUUCCUUGAAAGCGGUGGGCACUGGUGCCUACCUCAAGGAAAGUACAGAGCCCAACAAAAGCAGAGCAUGGCAGCAAGGUAUAGACCACAGCCGCUUUGUAUAGGAAGAGCAGCUGUGGCAAUCCAGCUAGAGUAGAUUUUGAGCCAUGGUUUAUUUGUGGUACUGUUUUUCUGUUCUUGAGUCACCACUAUGUACAUUUGUUAGCAUGAAUGAUGUACCUAAUGUGUUAUUUUUAAUCUAAAUUUCAAUUAAAAUGUGAGUUUUCAAACUUUAA